GUCAAAGGACAGGCGAAGUACAAAGAUGGCGGCGCAAGCGGUAGUGGCUGAGCAGAUGAAGCGGUGUCAGUGAGGAGCAGGGCAGUGGCCGGGCUAGGCAAGGCGUGGGUGGGGAUGAUGGUGCGUGGCGCGCGCUGUGGCUGAGGACCCCUCGCGCCCUCUAGCCGUCCCGCGCACCCGCCCCUCUCAGCUGGUGCCCCGGCCUCGCGCUCCCUCCUCUCCAUGAGCGGCGCGUGCGAGCUGGUGUGGCGCCUGCUGCACGCCCUGCUCUGCCUGCUGCGCGCGCUGCUCUCGUGGCUCCGCGGGCGGCUGCGGGGAGGCCCCCGCUCGUGGCUCUGGCGCUGGUGGCGCCGCGCGGCCUCUGCCGCCGCCUCCUGCGCGCUCCUGGCGCCCGCCGCCGGGGCCUUCGCCUUCCACAAGCCCGGCGCGGCGCGGCGAGUGCCUGGCGGGCGCGGGCGGGGGCGCUGGGACGGGCGGUCCCUGGAGAAGCUGCCGGUGCACAUGGGGCUGGUGGUGACCGAGGAGGAGCCGAGCUACGCGGACAUGGCCAGCCUAGUGGUGUGGUGCAUGGCGGUGGGCAUCUCCUACGUCAGCGUCUACGACCACCACGGAAUCUUCAAGAGGAAUAACGCAAGGCUGAUGGAUGAAAUUUUAAAACAGCAGCAGGAACUCUUGGGUCUAGAUUGCUCCAAAUAUACAGUGGAAUUUGCAAAUCAAGACAAAACAGACCAAGUUUUAAAUUGCCAAUCUACAUUGAAGGUGCUGUCCCCAGAAGAUGGAAAGGCAGACAUAGUGAGAGCCGCUCAGAACUUUUGCCAGUUGGUAGCACAACAGCAAAGAAAAUAUACAGACCUGGAUGUGAAUGUCUUAAACAACUUACUAAAUAAGAAUUGCCUCAUCUGGAGCCUGGUGACCAUGUUUGUGUCUAACAGGAGGGAGGAAAAGGAUGGAGAACACCAGCUGUUGUUAAAGAAAAAGAAUGCAUUGUCUAAAUCAUACACUACUGAGACAGACAGUGGGGAGUUCAACAGAAACCGUCGACAUGUUCAGUUCAUUCCAGAGACUGAACAACCAAAUGAGCAAACUCUACAAACUGCAGAUGCAGAAGCAGGAGAAGAAGGUUCACUUAUUCCAAACCUGUCAGAGACAGCCCUUGCAAAUAAAGGCAACCUAGUUGCCAAGUUGUUACUCAUUCUUAUUACCCUGAAAGACAGGUUUUAUGGUGCCCCUAGAAUAAUCCACCUCUUGCCCCCUUAA